AUGCCAGACUCUGCUUUUCGCAAGCUCAUUGAUACCAUUUUCAAGGCUAAUUGGGACCCUCCCGGCGAUCAUGAUCAAGGUCAGCCUUAUGUGCCACGGGCUUUCACUCCACCUGGCGGCAGUCACCAGUCAAAAAUCAAACGACCCUUCACCACAAGGCAUAAAGGCAUUGUCGGGAACUCACUCACUCCCUCUGUGAAACAUGGUUUCAAAUUCACAGACUACGUACCACAGUUCUUCUGCGAACUGCACGAAAACUACUCUUCUUUAGAUCACGCAAACUACCUCCUCUCCUUACUUCCAAAUACAUCUUCUACGAACUCACUUCCCCAGUUCAUCAUUUGGAUACUUGCUAUGCAGAAAAUUUGCAUGUUUUGUCCGCGCCUGUUCUGCGUGGCGUUGCGCUGCGAGUUGAAACUAAAAGAUGUCGACUCGGACUCCGAAGUCCAACCACCGGCAUCACUGCAUACUGCCAGUACUGCUGCGGAGCGGGCAGCUGAUGACGCCAAUCAAGGUGCAGACAGGCACGCAAGUGAAAAGCUACGGAAAGAGCACGCCGCCAUAUGGGCGAAAUACAAUGAGCAGAUAACGCUGGCGGGAGCCACGAAAGACGCGGCGCUCGCAGCUCACGCCUAUGAGACUGCAGAAAAGAAAGCUGUGAAAGCAGCAGCAGUCUAUAAAGUGGCAGAAGAAACAGCAAAGGCAGAGGCAGAGACAAACGCAAACACAAUCGCGGCAGAGGCAAACGCAAACGCGGAGGAACUGGAUCGGGCGAUAGAGCCUCAGGGACAGGUAGCCAACAUUCCUCGUCUGGUCAGUAUUCGGUGUGAGGUUGCGCCAUUUGAGGGAAGUCACGCAUCCGACGGCGAGCAACCAGUGGCAACCGCUUCGAUCGGAAAUCAUUCAGAGGAUGGAGUCGCACGUCAGGCUAUGCCUUCGCAUGACGACAAUGGCAGGCAUGUUCGUGAUCGCACUGUCUGGCACAAACAAAAGGAUUGCAUUCCGUACAUAUUCGUUUUCCCUCGUUUCUUCACUCCUAGGAGCGUGCCUAUGCCAUUACGGUAA